CGGACACAUUUAGCUGAAGAACAGCGGAAGUUUUUAGAGGUCGCCAUGUGAUUUGUCGGGUGAAAUACCGUUCAGGACUAAUGUCUGUGUUGAAUUCACAGGAUUGGUUGGCGGUCUUAACAAAAUAACAUAUAUAUUUACGUAGCGAAAGUUUCUGGCAAAUAGCUUACUUUCUAGUUAUAUUCUGCUGUAUAACAUAUGUAUAUGCACACAGUAACAACCCUGACAACAUAUAGCUUAAUAGUUAGCCAGGUCAAAACCAGCUAGCUAGCGAUGCUUUUGUCAGACGUGACAUACAUGUUGUUCUUAUGCUCCAGGUGCUUUUGCCUGUGAUGGCUUAGUCUGAGUUCAGCUUGCCAAACCCGUUGAAUGCUCAAUUCAAGUGUAAAAUUCAGGUCCACGAUCAUCUUUUCUAGGCAAAAGGUUUUUGCACCAUUGUGUAACCUUUAAGGCCAUGCCCCUUUCAGAUUUUUUGGGGGCUCUGAAGGAUAACCCCUAUUUUGGGGCUGGCUUUGGGCUGGUGGGGGUUGGCACAGCGCUUGCUUUGGCCAGGAAGGGGGCUCAAGUUGGCAUGAUAUUCUUUCGGCGAAAUUACAUGAUCACUCUGGAGGUCCCCAGCCGGGACAAGAGCUACCAUUGGCUGCUCAGCUGGAUCACCAAACACGCCCGUCACACACAGCACCUGAGUGUGGAGACCUCCUACCUGCAGCAUGAGAGCGGCCGCAUUCAGACCCAGUUCGACUUUCACCCCAGCCCCGGGAACCACAUAAUCUGGUACAAACACAAGUGGAUCCGAGUGGAGAGGACCAGGGAGAAGCAGAUGGUAGACCUCCACACGGGCACGCCGUGGGAGUCUGUCACUUUCACCUCGCUGGGGAGGGACCGCAACGUCUUCUUCAACAUCCUGCAGGAAGCGCGGGAGCUGGCUCUGAAGCAGGAGGAGGGCCGCACGGUGAUGUACACGGCCAUGGGGGCGGAGUGGAGGCCGUUUGGGUUCCCGCGGCGACGGCGGCCCCUCAGUUCGGUGGUGCUGGAUCACGGAGUGGGCGAGAGGAUCGUGGACGACGUGAAGGAGUUCAUCGAACAUCCCAAGUGGUACACAGACCGAGGGAUUCCGUACAGAAGGGGCUACCUGCUUUAUGGCCCCCCGGGCUGUGGAAAGAGCAGCUUCAUAACAGCCCUUGCCGGGGAGCUGGGCUACAGUAUCUGUCUGAUGAGCCUCAGCGACCGCAGUCUGUCUGACGACCGGCUCAACCACCUGCUGAGCGUGGCCCCGCAGCAGAGCCUCAUCCUGCUGGAGGACGUGGACGCAGCCUUCAUCAGCCGAGAGCUGCUGCCCACUGAGAACCCUCUGGCGUACCAGGGCAUGGGGAGGCUGACCUUCAGUGGCCUACUGAACGCGCUGGAUGGGGUGGCGUCCUCAGAAGCCAGGAUCGUCUUCAUGACCACCAACUUCAUCGAGAGGUUGGACCCGGCUCUGAUCCGCCCGGGCCGGGUGGAUGUGAAGCAGUACGUGGGCCACUGCACGUCCUGGCAGCUGGCCCAGAUGUUCCGCAGGUUCUACCCGGACGAGCCCGAGCAGGAGGGGGAGCGGUUCUCCCAGCGCGCCCUGGAGCAGCACCCCGAGCUCAGCGCCGCCCAGGUGCAGGGCCACUUCAUGCUCUUCAAAACGGACGCCGCCGGGUCCAUAAACAACGUGUCACAGAUCAGGGCGUGACGCCGGGACCGCAGCUAGCGCUGGAGACCGCUGCUCUGGACCUAACCGCUGUCAACCAGCAAAGGACUUUAUACAUCCAGUGCCAAUGUGCUCAUUUUCAUAAAAUUAAACACCACUUGGUCAGUAAUAAGUUGCAAAUUGUGCUGGACCUUGUCGUGUAUAAAAUUAGUUUGCUGUGGUUUAUGACCCAUACAAAUGGUUACUGAGGAGUAAAAGCUGUUGUCGUCGGAUGAACAUCGUUUAACCCAGGACUUUUGCUCUGCGAUCCAAAAUGAACGUGACACUGAUUGACCUGGAGACUGAAAUGUUUUUCUGCGCAGGUAAUGGUUUGCAUGUUACACAGACUGGGGAUUAUCUUUCCUGGUUAUUUUUCCUAAAUUUAAUAACCACAAGCAUAUUGCCUGUAUUCGAAAAGGAGUUGGUCUUAACAGCAAUCUCAUUCGUGGUCCAGUAGCUUGCGAUUCUGAUGAUGCUUAUUUUGAAAAAAAAUGUCAGAGUUGCAGUUGUGUCAUUGUGUUUUUUUUUUGUGUACCUGUUUUUCAGGACUAUUUUUGUAUGUGAAAGUAAAUUCCCAAUCAGUGCAA